AUGUCAGACUGGGAUGAUGACAUGUAUGACGACGAGGAGGAAGAGCUCUCGUUUGAGGAAGACGAUGCUCAGGAAAGUGUUGAUGAGUCCGCAACCGACAUGGAGAGCCGGUAUUUCUGGGGGAAGGAGUUGCGGCAGGACGAGAAGCUAGAGGAAGCCCUUCAGGUCUUCCAGGAAAACAUAGACAAAAACGAUAACCCGGAGUAUGUGUUCAAGUCGACGAAACAGGCGGUCAAGGUGAGCAUUGAGCUGGGGGAUUCGGCCAAGAUUAUGCGGUAUUUGGACCUGUUCUUCAAACAACUACCGCAGAUGGGUGUGUCUUACGGGGAUGCGUCGUUUUCGAAGAUGCUGCACAGAUUUGACCAUCCGAUCCCGGGAUGCUCGUCGGAGCUCCAGAAACAGGUCUACGACAAGUUUUCGGCAUAUCUGAGAGCCAGCAACUCCAGCAACGAGCGGUUGGUUAUACGAGUUGAAUUGGGGCGCGCAGGCGCGCUGCUGGCGGAACAAAAUUACAGCGAGGCCCAUUUGCUGCUACAGAGACUUGAGAAUUCCGUCACAGCCUCAUCGGAAGCAAUUAAAAGCACAUAUUUGCUGGAAGUUCUUGCCCUGGAAAUGGUGAUUGCGAGCCAUGGCGAGAUCAACGUCGAGGAGCUCUCGAGACUGACGAAAAUGGCCAAUAAAUUGGGCUCGAGCAUCCCGCAAUCACGCAUCGUGGGCAUUGUCAAGGAAUGCUCCGGCCUCGUAGCUAUGUUCGACGAAGACUUCCAAACAGCCAACCACUGCUUCCAGGAAAGCUUCCGUGGUUUCAACGAGUGUGGCGACGAUCGACGCGUCGACGUGCUGAUGAAGUACAUUAUCAGCAACCUGCUGAGCGAGAGCGAGAUCGACCCGUUCCAGUCGGGCGACUUCCAAGGUUUCGACGACGUUCCGGAAAUUGUGAAGUUGAUGGAGCUGUAUCGGUACGUUCAGGAGACCGAUAUUGCCAAGUACAACGCACUUUUGAACGACGACGAGGAAUUCAAGAAACUGAUGCAGGGUAACCUUCUGGCGCAGUUCAUACCGUUUGUCACCGAGCUGGUUCAUGUGCGAUUUGUUCUGGAGUAUCUGCAGCUAUUCAAACGUGUCAGUUUCCGCAAAUUGCAGGAGAAACUCAAAAUACAAGAGUCGGACCUUGAGGUGAUGCUACUAAAGCUAUAUGGAGAGGGAAAAAUUAGCAACUACAAGCUCGACAUGGUGGCCAAGACAGUUGAGUUUUGCGGUGGCUCUGUUUUGGAUCCGCAUAUUAGGCCCAUAGACGUUCUUGAGCGUCUGCAGCUGUUCCAAAAAGACAAACUCAACGUUUCGAGUGACGAUUUUGGCACAGAUUCUCAGGAGCGACUACAGGAACUCUUGUCUACGAAAUUUCACAAGGAUCCUGUGCCGAACUCGCCGACAAUACACACAGAACUGCCCAGCUCGACGAUAAUAUCGAAAGAAGUGCUGGAGCCAUUAAUUAGCACUCCUCGUUCUUUUGAGUCUUCUGAGGAGCUGUUCAAGGAGCUUGGACAUUAUCUGGAGUAUAUUAAGUCUGCCAUCCCGUCCAAAGCUCCCAUCAAAUGCUCUAUCAUCGAGAGAGUCAGAAUAGACAGCCAGAACCAGGAGCGGGAAAAAAUCAGUCAGAUUGACGAGAUUGGCAACACGGAUCAUGACCACCUGAUACCCGAAGUUGUGCAGUUCACGAUGAUGGAGAACCUGGACGUGAGCGACAGAGAACAGCCGGCACAAGAGAUUUCGGAAGAGGAGCUAAAGGACAGAAAAUUGACGAGUCUUUAUGAGCUUGUUUGUGAGCUGUCUCGCUACUACGACAGCGUCAAGCGUAAUUUUUCAGAAGGGCUCUGUGCUAAUCGCAACUUUGGCGGAGAGGUGAGCGAGUGA